AUGGAUGCGCACAACCUCAAGAAGCGCAAGAUGGACCGACCGGAAGAUCAAGAACCACCGCCGGAGAGCGGCAGGGCCGGCGACCUCGACUUCAUCAGCGCCCUCCCCGACGACCCCCUGUGCACCAUCAUCUCCCUCCUCCCCACCAAGGACGGCGCCCGCACGCAGGCCCUCGCCCGCCGGUGGCGGCCCCUCUGGCGGUCUGCACCCCUCAACCUCGUCGGCGAUGGCCUCUCCGGCCAGGAGCGUAAGCGCGUCGUCUACAUCUCCAAGAUCCUCGCCGAGCACCCUGGCCCGGCGCUCCGCCUCUCGCUCCCCUCCUUCCGUGAACGCCACCAAGACAAGAUCGACCGCUGGCUUCGUUCCCAGGCCCUCACCGGCCUCCAGGAGCUCAGCUUCGACUACCACCCCGCAGGCUUCCCGUGGUACCAGCUGCCGACGACCCCGCCGCCCCAGAUACCACAGUCCGCGCUCCGCUUCGCGCCGACACUCCGCGUCGCCAGCAUCAGCUACUGCUAUUUCCCUAAGCUGCCCGCCCAGUCUCUGAAUUUUCCGCAUCUCAAGCAGCUCAGCAUGUACAGGGUCACCAUCUCGGGGCACGCUCUGCACAGCUUGCUCUCUGGCUGCCUUUCACUUGAAAGCCUCUUGCUGAAAGAUAAUGUUGGCGUCGGCCGCCUCCGCAUCAGCUCCUCGACCCUUAGGAGCAUAGGCUUUUCUGCUCCUUCUUUGAUUGUAGCUUCCCGUAUCCAAGAGCUGAUCAUCGAGGACGCCCCUUGCCUUGAGAGGUUGCUGCCGCUCACUCCAGACUAUGGUCCAUCGACUGUCCAGAUCAUCAGAGCACCCAAGCUGCAGAUGACGGUUUUGUUGUCAAAUGGCACAUCCAAACUCCAUAUUGGAACCAUGGUUUUUCAGGAAAUGCCUGCCAUCAACGUGACAACCAUCAUGCACACUGUCAAGUUUUUGGUUAUCGACUCUGUUGGCCCUGAUCUCGAUGCAGUAAUUAGCUUCCUCAAGUGCUUCCCCUGCUUAGAAAGGCUGUAUAUCAUUUCGCACCUACGGAAAGGAAUGAAAAAUGCGCGAAAAUAUGACCCGCUGGAUCCAGUGGAAUGCCUCACGCUCCAUCUCAAAACAGUGGUCUUGCAGAACUACUGGGGCAACAAGCCAGAUGUGGACUUUGCCAAAUUUUUCAUCUUGAAUGCAAUGGUGCUAGAACAAAUGAUAUUUAGAACCCUCAACAGCUGCAAUGACAAAUGGAUGUCUGAUCAACAUAGACGGUUGCAAGUAGACAACAGAGCUUCUCCUGAUGCUCGAUUUGAAUUCAAACGAUGUCACAAUGAUAGCUGGUGCUGCUUCCCUGACAGCAAGCAUAUCCAUGAUUUAUCUGUGUCGAAUCCCUUUGCUGAUAGAUUCGAGAAUAAUUUCUUCUGA